AACAAACGAACAUCAUAGUAUUGCCAUUCCAUUAUUUAAAUGAACAUUGUGCGCUGUAACAAAAAAAGAAGAAGAAACUUUGUUUUUUAAAAAAACCGUGAAAAUGACUGUGACAUUGCCGAAUAUUCUUGUGACUGGAACACCGGGCACGGGAAAGUCACGAAUUUGCGCCGAAAUAGCCAAACAACGUUCGAUGAAAUGGCAAGACGUAUCGAAAAUUGCCAAAGACAAUGGUUUCGUUGAAGAAUACGACGAUUCAUUGGAAUGUCCCGUGUUGGAUGAAGACAAACUCAUGGAUCAUUUAGAACCAGAGAUACAAGCUGGGGGUAACGUUGUCGAAUAUCAUUCAUGCGAUUUCUUCCCGGAACGUUGGUUCGACGCAGUAUUUGUGGUACAAUGCAACAAUACGAUAUUGUAUGACCGACUACAAGAACGUGGUUACAACGAGAAGAAAAUCAAAGGAAACAUCGAGUGCGAAAUCUUUCAGAUGGUACUAAACGAAGCAAAAGAAUCCUAUGACGAAGAUAUUAUUCUACAAUUAUCGGGCGAAACCGAAACCGACUUUACCGAGAGCAUCAAAAAAAUCACAGAUUUUAUCGAUAAUUUUAGAAAAUAAAGCAGUUCAUUUAAAAA